UAAUAUUGUGAUAAAAUGCUUGUAGAAUCCGCAUCUUUCUUAUUUCCUUAAAAAAGUUAUAACUAUUAAAAAGGUUAUAUGCGUUCAAACUCAAAGUUGUGACUAUUUUGACGCAAUCGAGUUUUCCUAGUAUAUAAAUAUACUUUAAACCAACAAGAUUUAAAUUAUUUUGGUUUGACUAUAGUAUUUUGUAUAAAAAUGCAAAAUACUUCGCUAGAAAGCAUUCCGGAUUCUAGAACUGUGGAUUUUGGGUGCGUACCCCUUGAUUCAAAGUUGGAGAAAUUUAUAACCAUACAAAACACUAGUUCGAAAGCGCUUACAUACCGCAUUUCGCACAUGUACAUACAGAACAACGUGGAUAGAGUCUUUAAAGUAGCAAUAACAACGAAACCUGUGGAGAGCCUUAGCAGCGCGGAAGUAACAGUUACCUUCAAGCCAAAUGUACCGGGCCAGUCUUUUACGGACUAUUAUUUAAUUGACGAUAUUUUGGGAAAUCUUUAUAGACUGACUGUCACUGGUAAAUGCUUUGGGCCCGACGUUAAUUUAAACAGACGAAAACUUGUGUUUCGGAUUUGUAAAAACGUGACGGAACAAAGGACAGAUACUAUAAGCAUCAUCAAUAAGUCAUCAAUAGACGCGCCUUAUCAAUGGCUUCUACCAACGACUGGACAAGGAUAUUUUCAAAUAUCAACAGGCGACUGCGGUGUGAUUCGUGCAUUCGAAACUAUAACGGCAACCGUAACCUUUUCCGGUAUGGCUCUCGGCAUUUACACUGCUGAGAUAGUUUGUCUUGUUUUAAACCAGGAACCGUUAUUUCUAAACGUUAUAGCUGCAGUAGUAUUACCAGGCAACCCUCUAUACAAUAUCAACGAUCACGUCUUCGAAAAGGGUUGGAAGCGGAAGCGUCGCUCAGUCCAUCUAAUGGAGAACAGCCUUAAUCGUCCAACUCAUAUACCAGCUGCCUCGGUGUAUGAGACAUACUUAGAUUUUGGUACCGGCAGUGUAAAGGAUAUAUCCUUGAAUAUAUCGCAGACUUUAUGUAUGACGAAUCAUCAGGUAGAUGAUGCUUAUAUGACGUGGCUUUUGGACCCAGACAAUGUCUUCUUAAUCGAUCCACUUGAAUCCAUUAUUCCUCCCAAUGAGUCUAGAUUAUUUACUAUUAGAUUCAGGCCGAAUUACGAAAAUGAAGCAUACGGUUUCCUAUUAUGUGGAGAUUGUCAGCAUAAAGUGUACAGCGAGAACUCGGAAGUUAAGAUCAAACAUUCGUGGUUUAGGAUUCCAUGCGUGGGAAAUACUUUGGCGCCAUGCACUGAGUGGAUUACUGAGUGGGACUGUCCAACAGAAGUUGUGUUGCCACCCACGGUGCCUGGGCGGACUUCGUUUGCGAAUUUUAUGUUAUCAAAUAAAUAUGACACACCCAUGCAAUUCAAGUUUGAGGCUCCAAACGAAACGAACUACGUGUUGAUACCCAUGUGCGGUAUCGUACAAGGGCGAGGAUGGCAAAUUAUAACUGUUGCUUUGGAACCGAAAUCUUUUGGCCAGUACUGCGAAACUUGGGAUGUAGUGAUCAACAAAUAUCAAAAAGCGCGUCUUUGCCUAUUUGGAAACGCGGAAACCAGCGAUGUGGAAGUAAUAUCUCACGGCUAUAAUCCAGCAACACACGCAAUGUUUGAAUUCCAGCCAACGAUCACUGGUUGUACUAAUUAUUGCACGGCAUAUUUUCAUAAUUUGACGAGGAUGAGUGUACACAUGCGCAUCCUCAACAGCGUGUCUUGGUUGGGAGCAGAUAACAAUGGUAUGAUUGUGUUAUCUCCGAAGGAAAUUCUUAGAUACCAUUGGUGGUUCUUCCCUAAGAAACACGAUAAUGUCUAUGAAACGACUGUCACUUGUUCUUGUAUUUGUCUCAUUGAUGACAGGCCAGUAGGAGAGCCAACUGAAAUAUUCAUACAUAUAAGUGGAUUUUCAGAACUGCCUGAUCUGAGGGUUUUGCCAAAGAAUCUGAAUCUCCACGACGCAGUGGUUGGAGACAGUGUACCGUUUAUAAUAACACUGUAUAAUUAUGGAUCUUGUUAUUUUACAUCGAAAUUGUAUCACGUGACAGAUGGAAUGGGUGAUGAUUAUAGUGGCGACAAAUUUGAAAUUGAUUCCGCUGUUAAUAGUUUAAAACCAUCAAAUCACUGCGAAGUGAAAAUGGUCGUGACAGCCAACGGAUCUGGGCCAAGGCAGGUGGAUGUAAAAUACACCGUGCUAUUUAGAACGGAAUUUGACGAGGUUCAGGAGUUGCAACCAAUUACGAAGACAAUAUGUAUUGUUUGGUACGACGGUAUCUACCCGACCAUAAAGAUAAAGAGAACAAUUUCCGCAAAAUGUCCGGUACUUUUAAGCAAUCAUUGCGUUUGGAACAUUGUCAAUGUCAAGGAACUCAACAGAGCAUUAGAAGAUUGUCGUCCUAAUAAAACGAUGAACGUGAAUUUAUACGGACCUGACCUAUGCCUUCGUCCAGAUCCAAUAGAAUUCAUUUUCGUAAUGGGAUGCGUGUAUAAUGUCCCCGUACCGUGGAGUUUGAAACGGGAGAAGAUAUGCGACUGUGAGAUGGUGGAAUUCCAAGUGGGCAUUUCCACAUAUGUCAUGAGGCAUACGUGUAUCCAUAGACCGUUGGUGGAACUGACGCCGGACAACGGUAUUGUUUCGCCCGAAUACCCUGAACUCUUACGUCUGAAGCUAUAUUAUACACUUGAAGGGAAGAAUACACUAUGUUAUGUUCUAAGGAUGCCAAAUCAACGUAUAAUCAACAUAUUCAUUCAUAUAUACACCCAUUCUAAGUCAAAAGGAGUUCUCGCGCCAUUAAGACGGAAUACAGAGAAUAAUGAGUAUUUGACCAUAUUGGAUUGUGGUAGAGUGCCUAUUAAUAAUCUCGAUCCAGUUAUACGGAUUUUAUGGUUAUACAAUCCGACCGACGUAUUUACAACAUGGCGGCUACUCCGAGGUAACACAACAUCACCGGAUACAGUCAUUCGGUGCUUGCAAUACUUUGCUGAAGUGCCUCCGCUUGAUAAACUAGCCAUUCCAUUCGCCUUUUUGCCCAGCGAGAUGAUUGAUUAUGAGAUGACGUUCUACUGCUCGUUCGGAUAUGACAUAGUGAAGAUUCUUGUGAAAGGGGAGGGCGGUCUUCCUAACUGCAUAGAAACCAGACUAGAUAUACCUAGCUAUGUUGAACAAAAAGUUCGCGCAGCCUAUACAGAUGACGUUGUGUACUUAUCAAAGGAUCACAUAACAUUGCCAGUGUUGCCGACUCAUUCGCUAUCAAGAGAUAUUUUAGCCAUUAAUAAUGACACAGAUCAUGUGUUGCGAUUUAUUUGGAUGCCCGAAAGGAUAGCGAAUAUAGUCAAUGUGGUAAUGACACCGUGGUGGGGAGUUUUGCAGCCGAAAACCAGUGAGUGGAUCACCAUGACUGUAUACACACUUCAAGAACCAGCGACAUUUACAACAACAAUUUCUUGUGAAGUUUUGGACUUGACUGAGCGAAGACGCUAUCAACGGAAUGAAUUGUUGAGGCGAAAUAAAACUGAAAAAUGCAACCAGGAAUUUAUAAUAACAGAGGAGGGCACGUUUCAUCCUGGUAUAAACGACUUCCCUCCCUAUGUAUUGGAUUUGAAGAAACCUCAACCGACAUACUUAUCCUUUACCGUGUCGGUGUGUUCCAAGGGUCAACGCGACGGAGUCCCAAAAAUGAUUAUAAAGCAAAUGUGGGAAAAGACACCUCCGUAUGAUUUGCAAUCGUCAGAUUUUAACGACUACGGAUUUUCCGGAAGCGGAACUAGCGGGAAUAAUAUGACUGUGUCCGAUAUUAUUAGAAUAAUUGAUGGAAUACUUUGGGAUGCAAUGCAUUGUAAAAUGUUCAAGUACCACUUAAAAUAUUACUCCAAGGAGGAUAUCCCCACUUACGGACAGGUGAAAAUUAUGGAUAGUGAUUCGAAGCCAGAUUUGAGUAGAAGGGUAACUUCAGGAAUUUGUGAUGCUAUUGUUAACAAGGCCGUUUUUCAUGUGUACGUCCUCAACACGAAGCACGAAGUUUCUAUCUUGGAAGCGGAAUAAAGGUAUAGGUCUAUUUGCUUUGGUGGCAAUUGUGCUUUUACUUUUUCAUGUGUAUUAACAAUUUUAUUAUAAUUUUACUUUAUUUAAAA